CUGCGCAGUGCUCCCCGGCGCUCGCGGGCCGGGUGUGGGAAGCCGGGUGUGGGGAGCCGGCUGUGGCUCUGCGCGCGAUGAUGGCGGCGGCCGUGGCCCCGGGAAGCUGCAGCAGCGGAGGCAGCGGCGCAGGCUCGGGCUCGGGCCAGGCCUCGGGCUCCGGUGUCUCCCGCGGUUUCUAUUUCAACACUGUCUUGUCGCUGGCGCGCUCUUUGGCUGUGCAGAGACCGGCAUCCUUGGAGAAGGUCCAGAAGCUGCUUUGUAUGUGCCCAGUGGAUUUCCAUGGAAUCUUUCAAUUAGAUGAAAGACGGAGAGAUGCAGUAAUUGCAUUAGGCAUUUUUCUUAUUGAAUCUGACCUUCAGCACAAAGAUUCUGUGGUUCCUUACCUUCUUCGACUUCUUAAAGGUCUUCCCAAGGUGUACUGGGUAGAAGAAAGCACAGCUCGGAAAGGCAGAGGUACCCUUCCAGUUGCAGAGAGCUUCAGCUUCUGCUUGGUAACUUUGCUGUCUGAUGUGGCGUAUAGGGAUCCUUCUCUUAGGGAUGAGAUUUUAGAGUCACUUUUGCAGGUUUUGCAUGUUCUUUUGGGAAUGUGCCAGGCCUUGGAAAUUCAAGAAAAAGAAUACCUCUGCAAAUAUGCAAUCCCAUGCCUGAUUGGAAUCUCACGAGCAUUUGGCCGUUACAGCAAUACUGAAGAGUCUCUUCUCUCAAAGCUCUUUCCUAAAGUACCUCCCCACUCCCUCCACGUCCCAGAGGAGCUGGAAGGUGUUCGAAGGCGAUCCUUCAAUGACUUCCGCUCCAUCCUGCCCAGCAAUUUACUGACAGUAUGCCAGGAGGGCACCCUGAAGAGGAAGACCAGCAGUGUGUCCAGCAUAUCUCAGGUCAGCCCUGAACGUGGAAUGCCCCCUCCCAACUCCCCUGGAGGAUCUGCCUUUCACUAUGAAGUGUCAUACUUACCUGAUGGGAGUGUCCCGGAGCCCAAUUACUACUUCUCUACCAUCAGUUCCAGCUUCUCAGUUUCUCCUCUUUUCAAUGGCAUCACCUGUAAGGAAUUCAGUGUUCCACUAGAAAUGCUUCGAGAACUCCUAAACUUGGCAAGUAAGAUUGUUGAGGAACCUGUUCUCAAAUCCUUGGAUGCAGUAGUAGCCAGCGUGAUAGAGGCCAACCCUAGUGCUGACCUGUACUACACCACUUUCAGUGACCCGCUCUACGUGGCCAUGUUCAAGAUGCUCCGAGACACUCUGUACCACAUGAAGGACCUCCCCACCACCUUUGUGAAGGAGAUUCAUGAUUUUGUACUAGAGCAGUUCAACACGAGCCAAGGGGAGCUCCAGAAAAUUCUACAUGAUGCUGAACGUGUCCACAAUGAGCUAAGUCCCCUCAAGCUGCGCUGCCAGGCAAACGCCGCCUGUGUGGACCUCAUGGUGUGGGCCGUAAAGGAUGAGCAGGGUGCAGAAAAUCUUUGUAUCAAGCUGUCUGAGAAGCUGCAGUCCAAGACAUCCAGCAAAGUCAUCAUUGCCCACUUGCCCUUGCUUAUUUGCUGUCUGCAGGGUCUGGGCCGCCUGUGUGAGCGGUUCCCAGUGGUUGUACACUCGGUGACUCCGUCUCUGCGGGACUUCCUGGUCGUCCCAUCCCCUGUGCUGGUGAAGCUCUACAAGUGCCACAAUCAGUUUCACACAGUUGCUGGCAGUGAUAUAAAGAUCAGCGUAACCAAUGAACAUUCUGAGUCAACCCUGAAUGUCAUGUCGGGUAAGAAGAGCCAGCCCUCCAUGUAUGAGCAGCUUCGGGACAUUGCCAUCGACAACAUCUGCAGGUGCCUGAAAGCUGGCUUGACAGUAGAUGCAGUGAUUGUGGAGGCCUUCCUGGCCAGCCUCUCCAACCGACUCUACAUCUCGCAGGAGAGUGACAAGGAUGCUCACUUGAUUCCUGACCACACCAUCAGAGCUUUGGGACACAUCGCUGUGGCCCUGAGGGACACCCCAAAAGUCAUGGAGCCAAUUCUGCAGAUCCUGCAACAGAAGUUCUGCCAGCCUCCCUCCCCACUUGAUGUGCUCAUUAUUGACCAGCUAGGGUGCCUGGUUAUCACUGGAAAUCAAUACAUUUAUCAGGAAGUGUGGAACCUCUUCCAGCAGAUCAGUGUUAAGGCCAGUUCUGUUGUGUAUUCAGCCACUAAAGACUAUAAGGACCACGGCUAUAGGCACUGCUCUUUGGCAGUGAUCAAUGCCUUGGCCAACAUUGCAGCCAACAUCCAGGAUGAGCACCUCGUGGAUGAACUACUUAUGAACCUGCUGGAACUGUUUGUACAGCUGGGACUGGAGGGGAAGCGUGCCAGUGAAAGGGCCAGCGAGAAGGGCCCUGCCCUAAAGGCUUCUAGUAGUGCGGGGAACUUGGGUGUCCUCAUUCCUGUAAUAGCUGUGCUCACCCGACGGUUGCCACCCAUCAAGGAAGCCAAGCCUCGGUUACAGAAGCUCUUCCGUGACUUCUGGCUCUAUUCUGUGCUGAUGGGAUUUGCUGUGGAGGGGUCAGGACUCUGGCCUGAGGAGUGGUAUGAAGGCGUCUGUGAAAUAGCUACCAAGUCUCCCUUGCUCACCUUCCCCAGCAAAGAGCCACUACGAUCUGUGCUCCAGUAUAACUCAGCCAUGAAAAAUGACACGGUCACCCCAGCUGAACUGAGCGAGCUUCGAAGCACCAUCAUCAAUUUGCUGGACCCCGCUCCUGAAGUGUCUGCCCUCAUCAACAAGUUGGACUUUGCUAUGUCCACCUAUCUCCUGUCUGUUUAUCGACUGGAAUAUAUGAGGGUACUACGCUCAACAGAUCCUGACCGCUUUCAGGUCAUGUUCUGCUACUUUGAGGAUAAAGCUAUUCAGAAAGACAAGUCUGGGAUGAUGCAGUGUGUGAUUGCUGUUGCAGACAAAGUGUUUGAUGCCUUCCUGAACAUGAUGGCAGAUAAAGCUAAGACCAAGGAGAAUGAAGAGGAACUGGAACGGCAUGCCCAGUUUCUCCUGGUAAACUUCAACCACAUUCACAAGAGAAUACGGAGAGUGGCAGACAAGUAUCUAUCUGGACUAGUGGAUAAGUUUCCCCACUUGCUCUGGAGCGGGACGGUGCUGAAGACCAUGUUGGACAUCCUGCAGACCCUGUCCCUGUCACUGAGCGCAGAUAUUCACAAGGACCAACCAUACUAUAACAUCCCAGAUGCCCCCUAUCGGAUCACCGUUCCAGACACUUAUGAAGCUCGAGAGAGCAUCGUGAAGGACUUUGCUGCACGAUGUGGAAUGAUCCUACAGGAGGCAAUGAAGUGGGCGCCUACAGUCACCAAGUCUCACCUACAGGAGUAUCUGAACAAACAUCAGAACUGGGUUUCGGGGCUUUCCCAGCAUACAGGGCUGGCUAUGGCCACUGAAAGCAUCCUUCACUACGCCGGCUACAACAAGCAGAACACAACUCUUGGGGCAACUCAGCUAACCGAGCGGCCGACCUGUGUGAAGAAAGAUUACUCCAAUUUCAUGGCAUCGCUGAAUUUGCGCAAUCGCUAUGCAGGCGAGGUGUAUGGAAUGAUUCGUUUCUCAGAUGCCACAGGCCAGAUCUCCGACCUAAACAAAAUGAUGGUCCAGGAACUGAAUAGAGCACUGGACCUCAAUAAUCCUCAGCACUACACGCAGGCCAUGUUCAAGCUCACUGCAAUGCUCAUCAGCAUCAAAGAUUGUGACCCACAACUCCUCCAUCACCUGUGUUGGGGCCCCCUGCGGAUGUUCAACGAGCAUGGCAUGGAGACAGCCCUGGCCUGCUGGGAGUGGCUGCUGGCUGGCAAGAAUGGAGUAGAAGUGCCGUUUAUGCGAGAGAUGGCAGGGGCCUGGCAGAUGACCGUGGAGCAGAAGUUUGGCCUGUUUUCUGCAGAGAUAAAAGAAGCUGACCCCCUAGCAGCAUCAGAAGCAAGUCAGCCCAAGCCCUGUGCCCCUGAAGUGACCCCCCACUACAUCUGGAUUGAUUUCCUGGUGCAGCGGUUUGAGAUUGCCAAGUACUGCAGCUCUGACCAAGUGGAGAUCUUCUCCAGCCUCCUGCAGCGCUCCAUGUCUCUGAACAUCGGUGGGGCCAAGGGGAGCAUGAAUCGGCACGUGGCAGCUAUCGGGCCCCGCUUCAAGCUGCUGACCUUAGGCCUCUCCCUCCUGCAUGCUGACGUGGUUCCAAAUGCAACUAUCCGCAAUGUACUUCGUGAGAAGAUCUACUCAACCGCCUUUGACUACUUCAGUUGUCCCCCAAGGUUUCCUACUCAAGGAGAAAAGAGACUUCGUGAAGACAUAAGCAUAAUGAUUAAAUUUUGGACCGCCAUGUUCUCAGACAAGAAGUACCUGACUGCCAGCCAGCUUGUUCCUCCAGGUAAGUGAUGUCCUCAGCAGCACAGCCACACAUGCGUGGUGGAGUUGAGGUGUCAGCACAGGCACUACAGAGGUGCAUAUGGCAUGUCAACCAUCUCCAAGAAAUCAGGUAUGUCUAAGAAAACCAAUCGGGGCUCCCAGUUGCACAAGUACUACAUGAAGCGCAGGACACUGCUGCUGUCCCUGCUGGCCACUGAGAUAGAGCGUCUCAUCACAUGGUACAACCCGCUGUCAGCCCCAGAGCUGGAGCUAGACCAGGCUGGAGAGAACAGUGUGGCCAACUGGAGAUCCAAGUACAUGAGCCUGAGUGAGAAGCAGUGGAAGGACAACGUGAACCUUGCCUGGAGCAUUUCUCCUUACCUGGCUGUGCAGCUGCCAUCUAGGUUUAAGAACACAGAAGCCAUUGGCAAUGAAGUGACCCGUCUGGUUCGAUUGGACCCAGGAGCUGUUAGUGAUGUCCCUGAAGCUAUCAAGUUUUUGGUCACCUGGCAUACUAUAGAUGCAGAUGCACCUGAGCUCAGCCAUGUGCUGUGUUGGGCUCCUGCAGACCCACCCACAGGCCUCUCCUACUUCUCCAGCAUGUUCCCACCACAUCCUCUCACAGCACAGUAUGGGGUGAAAGUCCUGCGCUCUUUCCCCCCGGAUGCCAUCCUGUUCUACAUCCCCCAGAUUGUGCAGGCCCUCAGGUAUGACAAGAUGGGCUAUGUGCGGGAGUACAUUCUGUGGGCAGCAUCCAAAUCGCAGCUUCUGGCACACCAGUUUAUCUGGAACAUGAAAACUAACAUCUAUCUAGAUGAAGAGGGGCACCAGAAGGACCCUGACAUUGGUGACCUCCUGGAACAAUUAGUUGAAGAAAUCACAGGCUCUUUGUCAGGUCCAGCCAAGGACUUCUACCAGCGGGAAUUUGAUUUCUUUAACAAGAUAACCAAUGUGUCAGCCAUCAUCAAGCCCUACCCUAAAGGCGAUGAAAGGAAGAAGGCAUGUCUGUCAGCUCUGUCUGAAGUGAAAGUGCAGCCUGGCUGCUACCUACCCAGCAACCCGGAGGCCAUCGUGCUGGACAUUGACUACAAGUCUGGGACGCCCAUGCAAAGUGCUGCAAAAGCCCCCUAUCUGGCUAAGUUUAAAGUGAAACGAUGUGGUGUCAGUGAACUUGAAAAAGAAGGCCUACGCUGCCGCUCAGACACUAAGGACGAGAGUGGUGUCCAGGAGGCCGAUAGCCAGAAGAUCUCCUGGCAGGCAGCCAUUUUCAAAGUGGGAGACGACUGCCGACAGGACAUGCUGGCCCUGCAGAUCAUCGACCUCUUCAAAAAUAUUUUCCAGCUGGUCGGCUUGGACCUCUUUGUCUUCCCCUACCGGGUGGUAGCCACUGCCCCUGGGUGUGGGGUGAUCGAGUGCAUCCCUGACUGCACCUCCAGGGACCAGCUUGGCCGCCAGACAGACUUUGGCAUGUAUGACUACUUCACACGCCAGUACGGAGACGAGUCCACGCUGGCUUUCCAGCAGGCGCGCUACAACUUUAUCCGGAGCAUGGCUGCCUACAGCCUGCUGCUGUUCCUGCUGCAGAUCAAGGACAGGCACAACGGCAACAUCAUGCUGGACAAGAAGGGCCACAUCAUCCACAUCGACUUUGGCUUCAUGUUUGAAAGCUCACCAGGUGGCAACCUGGGCUGGGAGCCGGACAUCAAGCUGACAGAUGAGAUGGUGAUGAUCAUGGGGGGCAAGAUGGAGGCCACACCCUUUAAGUGGUUCAUGGAGAUGUGCGUACGGGGUUACCUGGCUGUGAGGCCCUACAUGGAUGCAGUCGUCUCUCUGGUCACCCUCAUGCUGGACACAGGCCUGCCCUGCUUCCGCGGCCAGACAAUCAAGCUCUUGAGACACAGGUUCAGCCCCAACAUGACUGAGCGAGAGGCUGCCAACUUCAUCCUGAAGGUCAUUCAGAGCUGCUUCCUCAGCAACAGGAGCCGAACCUACGACAUGAUCCAGUACUAUCAGAACGACAUUCCCUACUGAGGCUGGAAGCAGUGCCCCAGCUACCCCCACAGUCCUGGAGCCCCAUCACUCCACCACCCCUCUGUGUAUGUGGUCAGACCUGCAAAUGGCCCAGUCAUUUCAUCCUGUGGAGUUUUUACAAAACAAAGAACUGUGUCCCCGCAGAGCCUGGCAAUUGCUCCAUCCUUAAGUGUGGUCCAUGUGUGACUUGAGACUGAACCGACAAUCAUCCAGUGGCACUGUCUGCACAGGUGUGAAUACUUUGCACUGAACAUUGUCUUAUAGGUACAUGAAAUAUUUUCUUGUGAAAAGGAAAAUUAUAUUCAACCUGAUUUAAACAACAUGAACAAAAUAAAACAAAAAGUACAUAC